AUGAGGAGGGAGAACCAGAGCAGCGUGUCCGGCUUCCUCCUCCUGGGGCUCCCCAUCCGGCCGGAGCAGCAGGGCGUGUUCUUCGCCCUGUUCCUGGGCAUGUACCUGACCACGGUGCUGGGCAACCUGCUCAUCAUCCUGCUCAUCAGGCUGGACUCUCGCCUCCACAGCAGCCACUUGGCCUUCACUGAUGUGUCCUUUGCAUCUGUCACCGUCCCAAAGAUGUUGAGGGACAUGCACUCUAAGGACAAGUUCAUCCCCUAUGCAGGGUGCAUUUUACAGAUGUAUUUUUUCAUAGUUUUUGGCUGUCUUGACAGUCUCCUUCUUGCAGUGAUGGCAUAUGACAGGUACGUGGCCAUCUGUCACCCUCUACGCUAUACCACCAUCAUGAGGGAGGGGCUGUGUGUGCUGCUGGUGGCUGGUUCCUGGCUUGUCUCCUGUGGCAGUGCUCUCGUGCACACUCUCUUCCUGGCCCAGCUCAUGAGGAGGGAGAACCAGAGCAGCGUGUCCGGCUUCCUCCUCCUGGGGCUCCCCAUCCGGCCAGAGCAGCAGGGCGUGUUCUUCGCCCUGUUCCUGGGCAUGUACCUGACCACGGUGCUGGGGAACCUGCUCAUCAUCCUGCUCAUCAGGCUGGACUCUCGCCUCCACACACCCAUGUACUUCUUCCUCAGCCACUUGGCAUUCACUGAUGUCUCUUUUUCAUCUGUCACCGUCCCAAAGAUGUUGAGGGACAUGCACACUAAGUACAAAUCCAUCCCUUAUGCAGAGUGCAUAGCACAGAUGUAUUUUUUCAUAUUUUUUACUGACCUGGACAGCUUCCUUAUUACAUCAAUGGCCUAUGACCGAUAUGUUGCCAUCUGUCACCCUCUUCACUAUACCACCAUCAUGAGGGAAGAGCUGUGUGCUUUACUAGUGGCUGUGUCCUGGAUCCUAUCCUGUGCCAGCUCCCUUUCCCACACCCUCCUCCUGACCCGGUUAUCCUUCUGUGCUGCUAACACCAUCCCCCAUUUCUUCUGUGACCUUGGUGCCCUGCUCAAGUUAGCCUGCUCAGACAUCUUUCUCAAUGAGUUAGUCAUGUUCACAGUAGGAGUGGUUGUGAUCACCCUGCCAUUUAUAUGUAUCCUGGUAUCUUAUGGCUACAUUGGGGCCACCAUCCUGAGGGUCCCUUCAGCCAAGGGGAUCUGCAAAGCAUUGUCCACAUGUGGGUCCCACCUCUCUGUAGUGACUCUGUAUUAUGGGGCAAUAUUUGGGCAGUACCUUUUCCCAACAUUAAGCAAUGUCAUUGACAAGGACAUCAUUGUGGCUCUCAUGUACACGGUGGUCACACCCAUGUUGAACCCCUUUAUCUACAGCCUUAGGAACAAGGACAUGAAAGAGGCCCUCGGGAAACUUUUCAGUAGAGUGACAUUUUUCUCACAGUGA